AUGGCUCCUCACAAAACAAACCCCGACGACCAUCCAGACGAUCUCCGUCAAACUUUGGAGGCGUUUACGAUGGGUCUUCAAGACGCCCUAACGGCUGCCAUCACAGAUGCGUUACACUCCGUCUUAGACAAUCAGCACCAAGGCAGAAGAACAACUAGAAACAGAGAUCACCAGUCAGAGUCUAGUGACGACGAGUUGGUUGAUAAUCUGUUUGCCGUACCCGUUCGUGACCAGCGCCGCCAGGCUCAACGUGAUGACGACCAAGAAGAGCGGCGAGAUUUGAUUCACAACAACAACACCUCUCGCUGGGAAUCAGCUUUUAAAGUUGAUAUUCCUGAAUUCACAAGUUCACUCAACCCUGAAGAUUUUGUUGAUUGGCUUAACAUGGUUGAGGAGAUACUCGAUUUCAAAAAAGUUCCUGACGAUAUGCGUGUCCCACUUGUCGCGACUCGCUUCAAAAACCGUGCAUCCGCUUGGUGGACUCAACUCAAGGAAUCGUGUCGUCGAUCGGGAAAACCAAAAAUAGAAACUUGGGAGCGUUUGAAGAAGCAUAUGAGACGAAACUUUCUGCCGUACAACUAUGAACGAACCCUCUACACCAAACUUCAGAAUCUUCGUCAAGGAUCUCGCUCGGUCGAAGAAUACGCCACAGACUUCUUUCAACUGAUCUCUCGUGCAACGCUCCUUGAAACAGAGGACCAGCUCGUUUCUCGCUUUAUUGGUGGCCUCCGCAACCAACUCCGACUCACGCUCCAACAAUUUAAUCCCACUUCUGUCUCCGAAACUCAUCAGAGAGCUCUUGAUUUGGAACAACAGUUUCACGACAGCUGGUCAACCUUCCUCAAUUCAGUUUUCCGAUGA